CGAGCCAUCUGGAUCGGUGCCGAGGUCUUGUCAGACACCAAACCAUCAGUACUGACGAGACCCUCAAGAUAAAUGAAGCGGUCGAUGCGUUCACUACCUAUUCUUAAAUCAGGCGAUGGAACACGCCAGUCCUGAAACAAAGUCUUGCAUUUCGAGGGAGAUAGCCGCAUCCCAAACAUGCUUGCAUUGUUGCUUAAAGUGGUCAGAGGAAUGCAUUUUGUUAGCGUCUUCAUCAAACAGAACUAUAUCGUCCGUGUAUUUUAAGUCAGCAAGUGAAUCUGCCGGAAGAUUAAUCCCUGAGAAGUCAGAUGAUGAAAGUGUUAUCUCUAAAAGCAUGUCCAUGACAAAGUUAAAUAAAAAUGAGGAAAGUGGACAACCACUUGAAGUAACCAAUUUCGACGACAGCUCGCCGUAAUUGAAACGCCUUAAUGCUAUCAUACCCCUCUACAGUCAGAGUUAUGACUUCACACUCAGAUCUAAAGUUGCUUACCGUUCUCCAACCGACUUCUUA